AUGUUAUACUAUGAUGUCUACCAUGAUGGUAAGUUCUCAGCUGCCCUCCAUCGCGAAAUCAAUCCUGCCCUGGAGAGAUUUCGCUCAAAUCCGGACUACAGCCGUUUUGAGCGCGACAAACCGCGGCCGCUUGUGCCUUCCCGCGAGGAUCAUUCCAUCGUUGCAGCUACACCUGACGACGGCUCCUACGAACGCGAGAUGGAGGAGCUUUUCGCGCCGCCUCUCAACCAUGAGGAGCUAGAGAUCGCUCGAGUUUUAGCACAAGGCGAUCGGAUGCACAAUCCCGCAGCAAUCUACGAGAGGGAAGAAGAGUUCGAGAUCCAUCACAUGGCGAACAGUGUGGAUUCUUGCAGGCGGGAAUACAUCAACAGUGCCUCGGGAGCACGGCGACUACGAGUCCUCGCACGGCGGAACAUCAGAAAGCGCUGGAAGAAGAUGGGCGUAUGGAAUCCUGCCUGGGGAAUUCCUUGCCGGGAGCCGUCAGAGCCCCAUGACUCGACUUUUCAUUGGAGAUGGGAGUGGCAGCACGGCGAAUUUGCCGCCGAAGCAACACCCCUCUCCUCCUCCGCGGCAAAGACACACCCUAUCGCCAGUGCUCUUCUUUCACGCCAAGGGCUUCGGUUUGGAGAAUGCCGGUACCCCCCGCCCCUUUCUCACCUGACUGAGCAAACAUUGCCCAGUGAGGCUGUGUCUUUCAUCGCAUCUCGGCCGUGGUUUGUGUUUCAAAUUGAGCGAACUGAGUGGCACACGAGACGUCUCCGACUUCCUAGAGAUCAAGAUGGAAAAUACGUUUCAACAGUCCCAUGGCUAUGGCAAAACAGAGGUGAUCGAAGAUUGAAAAACGAUUCCUUGAAACCCAGGCGACCAAUUGGCUGGAAGUGGCGUGAUGAGAGUCCUUCGCCUGACCAUGAAGACGCGACCUGGAAAUGGCUGCCUGAUAGCGGACCUGCUUUCGAUGGAGUUGUGGCAGAAGAGAACAUUCACCUGGAUUAUGAUGCUAUGGAGCUGACGCCUUCUGAGAUAGACGUUCUUGAGUCUCUACACCCCCGCCGCCCCUUGCCUCCAGGUUCCCAAACCCAAGACGGAUCUGAUAUACUUCAGGAAAUAAGGAGCCCUACCCGAGAGAUGCCUCAGAGCCAGGCUCCCGAACCAGAAGCCCGCGCCCAACCACGACGCAGCCCUCCAUUUCCGGCAAAAGAACCAGAUACCAUGCCGCCCAAAGCUCCAACCGAGACCGGGAACCCAUCUCAAACGAAGAGAAGUCGCCUUUCUGAAAGGACCAGCGCGGUUGAGUCUUCGUCCAGCACACGCGCCAAGACCGACACUCCGUCGACCAAGCCAAGCGGCCGGCCUCCCAAGACGGUCAACAAGUCGCAGCCUCCAUCAGGCAUAUCUAAGCCUACAUCCAGAUCUAAAAGGAAAACCCAGGCCAAAGCGAAAGAGAGUUCCCUCCCAAACUUGUUGACAGAAGACAAACAACCCCCGGCCAAGGUGGCAGGCCGAAAAACCGCGCGGGCAACAGACAAGACCGGGGUCGUCGUCCAGACAAAGAACACCCCACCCGAGAAGGAUAGCAGGCCGUCACUGAAGCUGACGGCGGGAGCAAACCCAUCCCAGAAGCGAAAAAGAGGCCAACACAAGAAGUCUGAUGCACAAGAGCCUUCUGAAACCAUUGUGGUCCAGCUCAAUGAUUCAAUCGAGGCCCUGGGCAGGGACCAGACUGCACUUUUGGUCGGGAAUCGGCGAAGCGAGCGCGUGAAGGAUCGGGAGAGGAAGAAACAAAAGACAACUUGA